CUCAGUAAGCCGUCCUAAAUCAAAUGGCCUUUCCUGCUGCCCCUUUCAUCCAAUCCUCGUCUUGCCCAGCACGGGCUGGCACACACCCUCAGCUUCGUCACUGAAGGCGAUACGGGGCCUAGGCUGUGAGUUUCCUGAUUCUCCGCCUAGCCUCGAUUUGGCCGGACAGGGGGGAAAACAGUUUGGGAUUGCCAGAACAAAAGCACAACGGACCAAAGGGCUGCUAAACACAGGGCGAUGCGUGUAGUUAAUGUUAAAUACACUUAAAAAGAGAAAAUAUGUUUUUGAUAUAAACGAAUCUGUGCUCCAAAUGUAGUAGCGAAGAAGAACAAUUAAGUAUUAGGUUAAGUUUGUUCAGAUUAUCAUUAUUUGGUGUGGAGGACACUGGAAUUGUUGUCCGAGACAAUCGCUCGGGGAAAAGGUUCGAGGAGGGCAAGCGACAAGGGUCAGGCAGCGGCAGAAGCAUUGUUUUCAUUUCACUGUUCAUAUAUUUGGAUUACGAAGACGAAGAAUCGAUCAUAAAGAAUCGAUCAUCAAGUCAAUACAGAGCGACGAGGUUGAUAUAUUUUCGGACUGGAAUUUCAAAAGCAUCGCACCUCCCCCUAGAGGUUAUGCUGAACUGCCUGCCGGGUGUGGAAGAUUGGGACUGAGAAAGGGAGACAAAACAGGCCCUGGGAAAGGGGUGAGCAAAGACGGGGAGACAAAGGGGAAGACGGUGGCACAUCACCGAUGGCGACACACGGUGACUUUGACAAACAAACUGGACUGGAUGGGAACAUGAAGGAGAAGUCUUUCAAGGGAUCCUUGUCAAACAAAGAGCGAGACGGAAAGCACACUCACCCUCGACCACUGAAAGCCUCCUAUUAUCACAAUACAAAUGGCAAGCUCCAGUCACCCUCUGAUCACACCGUGGCAGAACACAAUGGGGGUGACAGUGGCGGCGUGGUCAGCUUUAGCACCAACCACAACUCGGUGGUUUGCCUCCCUCUAGUGUCGGAGGGACUCAAACUGGUGUGGACACAAUCCGACCAAACUCGAGAGCUGGACACUGUCCCAGAGCUGGUUCAGGCUUUCAAUGUGUUCCCAUAUCCUACGUCACGAGAACUGAGCAACCUGGCUUGCCUCUGUGCACUGCCGCUGGACAAGGUUAAAGUGUGGUUCAUGGUGCAGCGCAUCAAGUAUGGUAUCAGCUGGACUUCUGAGGAAAUAGAGGAGACGCGGCGCAAGCUGGCAGGACCAGAGCGCAUCAGCAAGUACGAGGAUGAGGGCAAGACAGAGGAGGACAAGGAACUAAGGAAGGGAUUAACAACCCAUUGCUCUCCUCAGAAGAACCCAGCAAAAAGACCCCGGUAUGAUCCACCAGAGUCUCCAAACCCUCCGAGUACGCCAAAAUUCCGCUCUUCCCUGCCACCCCCGCAGGACUCGUAUUAUUACCGCCACCCAGUGGAUGUACCUGCCAUCACGGCCACCUCUCCAGGCACCCCCGAGUCUCCCCUCAGCCUUCAGCAACAGAGGCAGGGCCGCUACAAGAAAUCCAAAGCCCAGCUGGCCUUGCUCCGCAGCAGCUUCCUGCGAGAAAACUGGCCCAACGAGGCAGAGCUGCGGCGCCUGCAAGAAGAGACUGGCCUGAGUCGCAACGACAUCCGCAAGUGGUUCAGUGACAGCCGGUACCAGCUCAGGAAUGGACGUGCAGGACCAGGGAUUACCUCGACCCCGAAAGGAGGCCAGGUUGACCCUCGGCCGCCAACCCCAACAGAAACUCAGCAGCUUCAGCCUCUGCCGCUUGUGGCACAUAAGCCUCGGGACCAGGAGAAUGAGGUCACACCUACGGGGCUCCCUCGUGGGAAGGUGGUCCGUAAUGGUGCAAAGGAGAGUGAUUUCUUUAAGAACUUCCUGUCCAAUCGGCUGGAGGCUUUUGGUGAAGGCACCGUAGCGAAGGGAGAGAGUGACGACUCUGCGGACGAGCCCCCAGCUGGAAUACCGAAGGAUGAACCUGUGGAGCCGAAAGCCAAGGAGGAAGCCAAGAAGGAAGCCAAGGAGGAAAUGCAGAGUGACGAGGACCAACCCCUAAAGUUGAUUAGGGAGCCCUCUGAGCCAGAGGCGCCUACAGCGCUGCCAACCAAUGCAUCGUCCCCAUCUCCCUCCGCCACUCCCCCACCUGCUUCGGCAGCUUUACCUCAUAAACGCUCUUCAACCAGCGGCCCGUCCUCACAGAAGACAGCAUCCUCGGCCAAAGCAAACCCUCCAGUCGUCUCCAGCCCCUCCUCCCCUCAUCUGACAGCAGCUGGCCGUCCCCGCAAGACAAAGGAGCAGCUGGAUGUGCUGAAGCAACACUUCUUGUCCUGUCAGUGGCCCACGAGCGAAGACUAUACCCAGCUCGUCGAACUCACCGGCCUGCCCCGUGCUGACGUCAUUCAGUGGUUUGGGGAUACACGCUAUGCCGUGAAAAACGGGCAGCUCCGGUGGGUGCGGGGUGUCCGGGAACAGAUACUGGCAGAAAUUGCACUGCAGCAAAAUGGAGGAGGAGCGGGUGGCAACAGUUCCAGUGGGGUCUCCCGGGGUGGUAGCCGCAAGCGGAGAUCUCAGGGGGGCAACACCACCAAAGCACCGGCAGCUUCAGCUUCAGCGGAUUCUCCCGAUAUCAAACCACUGGAGUCAUAUCACCAGCAGACUGGAGUGCUGCAGGAGAAAGACCUGGAUGCUCUCUGCCGAAAGUCAAGGAUGAGUUACCAGCAGGUGCGCGAGUGGUUUGCGUCCCAGAAGGGGGGUGAGUCACAGCCCUCUGAACCCAGUGUUACUAACUGACUGGGCAGGCCUCGACUCUCAUUCUGUUCAGGUUGAUCGUUUUUUCUUCUUUUGGCUGUUUGCUCCCCUCCACCAAUGCAGGGAUAGAGGCUCAUCUUGAGCUUUUGGACAAUACUGCUUAAUUUUUUUACUGUAAUGUGGCCACUUAUGUCUUCCAAGUAAAAGUAAAUGAUCCAUAAAUGAGCGUGAAUGCUGUAUCCAAGUCCAUUUCUGGUUUUGAACUGGCUUAAACAAUAAGCCUGUGUUGUUAGUGAUGGGCAUAACUGUCUGCUGUGCACUGUUUUCUUUUACCAUGACAACUCUUUGGUUGUACGUAUUAUUAUUUUAGAGCUAGACCCAAAUAAUUGUUACAGUUUACUAUUAACUUAAUAUAGGCUACAUUUAGAUUGUUAAACACAUUGGUUGGUCCUACACAGGUACUGUGGAAUAGUUUUGUAGAUAGCAGGACUUAGAUAGUUAGGACUUUUACCAUUGUGAGAUCUCAUUCCUUUAGACGAGCAAUUCAGUUCCAUUUAAUCAUCUAGUCCCCUGGAGACGUUUCGCACUUCCCUUGAUUGGUGCAAGCCCUGAUGAUUAUGUGGACAAAUAUUAAAUCAGUAUAUAUUUUGCUAGUUUGCUUUUUUAAUAGUUGUUCUUUCCCCCUGAAAGUUUUUGUUUCUACCCCUAAAAAGGUGCAAAGCACUCUUACUUCCAUGAAAUACCCUGCUUCCACGAAAGCUGCAAAAAUAAAUGUGUGCCUUACAUGAGUCUGUGUAACCAUAGAAAUAGAACUUUUUGGAUCACUGAAAACACCUCAUUAUUAAAUGUCUUCCCUUCCUCUGAUAUUUGAAUGGUGAGGGGGCAUGAGACCCCCUCCUGUGAUUUUCAAUGACUGUGAAUUCUAAAAACCCUGAAAACACCUGGAACCUUUAGAAAUAAUGGUUGCAAAAUUGCAAUGUAAAUGCAUAUUUAGUGCUGAAAAUGGUAUUAACUUUAACGAAGAAACCUUGUCCAGUUCAUUUUCCGUUUAGUGCUGCUGUAACUAAUACCGUUUAUUUAACGAACAUGAUCCCAGGGGUAAUCGCAUUCCACUGAACGUUAGGCCUGAUGGUUAUUUAUUGUCUAGUUUUGUGUCUAUUUGAAAUAAUAAACACAUCAAUUCAGUGCUUAGUGAUUCACUUUUACCAUUUCUUUCCCAAAUUGCAGAUCAAUGUCACAACAUUGUUUGGGUCUUCCUUUGCAAUUUUGAGGUCAAUUCAAGUAAAAACAUUACUAGAAAUGUGAUAAUCUUAUUAGUUAAUGAGAAUGGCAAAAUUAAAGUGAUGUGCUGAGCAUUUGUAGAACCUGCUGUCACAUGAACCUCCUUGAGGUCUUGUUUUGUAGUAGAUGGGUCCGAUGUUGCUCUUUGUUGUAAUAAACUGGACUGAAUGCACUACC